CGUGGAGCCCGGCCGGUGACGAGAGCAGCGGCUCCGCCAUUGGGCGACGAGGCCUGAGGGACGGGCCAGCUUGGCGCACGAGGAGAGACUCAGGCGGCCCCGAGAGAGCCUGGGCAAUGGAGGCCAACAUGCCGAAGCGGAAGGAACCUGGCAAGUCCCUCCGCAUCAAAGUCAUCUCCAUGGGCAACGCCGAAGUGGGGAAAAGCUGUAUUAUAAAGCGAUACUGUGAGAAAAGAUUUGUGUCUAAAUACCUUGCAACAAUUGGAAUUGACUAUGGAGUCACCAAAGUACAAGUCAGAGACAGAGAGAUCAAAGUCAACAUCUUUGAUAUGGCUGGACAUCCCUUCUUCUACGAGGUCCGCAAUGAGUUUUACAAGGACACGCAGGGUGUGAUGCUGGUCUAUGACGUGGGGCAGAAAGACUCCUUUGAUGCCCUGGAUGCCUGGCUGGCAGAGAUGAAGCAGGAGCUUGGGCCUCACGGGAACAUGGACAAUAUUGUAUUUGUAGUGUGCGCCAACAAGAUCGACUGCACCAAGCACCGCUGCAUAGAUGAAAGUGAAGGGCGUCUCUGGGCGGAAAGCAAAGGGUUCCUGUACUUUGAAACCUCAGCGCAAACUGGAGAAGGGAUCAAUGAGAUGUUCCAGACCUUUUAUGUGUCUAUAGUUGAUUUAUGUGAAAAUGGCGGAAAACGUCCUACCACAAAUAGCAGUACUAGUUUCACCAAAGAACAAGCAGACACCAUUCGCAGAAUUCGAAAUAGUAAAGAUAGUUGGGACAUGCUGGGAGUCAAACCUGGGGCCUCAAGGGAAGAGGUCAACAAAGCCUACCGGAAGCUCGCUGUGCUUCUGCACCCUGACAAGUGUGUAGCGCCUGGCAGUGAAGACGCCUUCAAAGCUGUGGUGAAUGCCCGGACAGCCCUCCUGAAGAACAUCAAGUAGAGCAAGGAAAGACAGGCGGCAGGCUGGACUGACGACGCCCCUAAGGGAAGGAACCAACAGGGACUUUCCUUCCCAGAAUCUCACUGCUCUACCCCCUCCUGGCUGUCAUUUAUAAAUCAGUAGCUCAGUGCCUGCUGCGUCUCUAGGCCCUUCACAGUGAGAUGUUGCACGUGGAGAGAACCAGGCGGCUCUGCUCACGGGCUUCAUUUCCGAUUGCCAGGCGGCCUGAGGGGCUUCCAAGGCGCUGGGCCGUAGCAUCCCUCCUCGAUUGCUUGGGAAAGUCUGCUAGGUUUCUGGGGA